UCAUUCACACACUCACCCACACACACACACCACACAGCACAGGGAGGGCAGAGCUGAGCGAUGGUUCGUUUCAAGUCCAGGUACUUCCUGUGUGAGAUUGUGUUUGAGAACCCUGAGUCUCGGCAGUGGAUGGAGGAUAAAAAUGUCUUCAAAGCAGUGAAAGACGCAAUAGUGCAAACACAUGGUGACUUCGGCCACAGCUGUUGUGCUUUACGCCUGAUAGUGAAAUACCUAAAUGCCUACACUGGAAUUGCCCUACUAAGGUGUCGAAAGGAGUUUUAUCGGAUGCUGUGGUCAGCCCUGCCAUUUAUUACCUUCCUGGAGAACAAGAAUCAGAAAUAUCCCUGUUUCUUUAACACCCUCCAUGUGGGAGGUACUAUUCGAACCAGUCAGAAGUUCCUCAUUCAGUACAACAGGAAACAGCUCCAUUUACUCCUGAAAGACUGCACAACAGAUGCGGAAAGGAAUUCAAUCCAAAAAUCCAUCCUGAGUUGCUCAUUUAAGUGGCCGAAGGAUGUUCAUCCUCAGCACAGAGAUGACGAGAUGGAAGAUGAUGACACUGAAUGAACAUUCCCUCUGGUUUAUUGUAACGAUGCAUUUGUAGUGGGCAAUGACUGAACUGAUAAUACCAGGGAUUACUUAAAGUGGACUCUGGGUCAGAUGUAAUUCAGCUCCCACACACACUGCUUAUGCUCCUCCACUAUCUUACACUGCAGGAUCCAAACUGGACUAUGGUAUCACUUUCCUCAAGGUACACUCCUAAGAUCUUCCAAGAGUUGCCAGUGGAGUCCUACACAAUUAUAUGGAUCACUUUGGAACCCAGCACAAGGGAACACAAUUUGUUCAAUGUUGUAAGUUUUCAAUUUGUGGUGUAGAUUAAAAAGAAUUUAAUCUCUA